GCCAGGUGUCUUCCACGAGACUUUCACUUCUCGCGAUAUUUCCUCGGUGGCUCCCGCUCCAUUAUGGCGGCCUUGGCUGUGAGGUCUUGUCGGAGAGGACUCGCACAGAUUUGGAGUCAUGGACACCUUGCUUCUUUGUCCUCCCCACAUCCCAAAGGAGACCGGAGACACAAGUCCACAGUCCAGUAUGCUUCCAGGCCAGACCUUCCCAAGCUGGCCUACAGAAGGGUGAAGGGCAAGAGUCCAGGUGUGAUCUUCCUGCCAGGUUAUGGGUCCAACAUGAAUGGGCAGAAGGCCGAGUCCCUGGAGGAGUUCUGUAUGUCUCUUGGACACUCAUGCCUCAGGUUCGACUACACAGGACACGGCGCCUCGGAGGGAGUCCUAAAAGAAGGAACUAUCGGUACCUGGAAAAAAGACGUCCUUUAUGUGUUGGAUGAAUUAGCAGAAGGCCCACAGAUACUUGUGGGCUCCAGCAUCGGAGGCUGGCUCAUGCUGCUGGCGGCCAUUGCAAGGCCGGAGAAGACUGCCGCCCUGGUGGGCAUUUCCACCGCCGCUGACCACAUUGUUACGUCAUUCAAAUCUCUCCCCCUCGAGACGCGGAAGGAGUUUGAGGAGUCAGGCGAGUGGACGCUGCCCACCAAACACUCUGAGGACGGCCUCUACAAGUUCAGCAUGGACUUCCUUCGCGAGGCGGAGAACCACUGCGUGCUCCACAGCCCCCUCCCCAUCACCUGCCCCGUGCGCCUCAUCCACGGGCUGAAGGACGAGGACGUGCCCUGGCACAUCUCCAUGCAGGUGGCGGAGCGCAUCCUCAGCCCCGACGUGGACGUCAUCCUGCGGCGCCACGGCCAGCACCGCAUGUCGGAGAAGGACGACAUCAAGCUGAUGGUUUACACGCUGGACGACCUCAUAGACAAGCUGACCACCAUGGUGUGACCAGGUACUGGGGGAGAGGACUGUUUAAAACUAGCAAACACCGGCAUGUUGCUUUGCCAAAAACACCUUUUAUUGGUCGUGCGUCCUUUUAUUUCCACUGUCACGAAAAGGGAGAUCCUUCCGGUUCCCAAUGUUGUGUUGUCACUCACUGCUGCUUCCUCUCUCCUCCUUUUUAAUACCAUAGCCUUCCCGUGCCUUUUUUAAGACCUAAUUUCACCCGUGUGGGCCCAAUAAAACCUCUGCACUCUC